GCCUCGGGGCUCCGCUCGGCUCCGGCUCCGGCUCCGCGCCCGCGCGCGCGAUGGCAGCGACCGAGCGGGGCUGAAGCCGCCGCCCGCCCCGGCCCGGCCCCGCCAUGGCGAAGCAGUACGACGUGCUGUUCCGGCUGCUGCUCAUCGGGGACUCCGGCGUGGGCAAGACCUGCCUGCUGUGCCGCUUCACCGACAACGAGUUCCACUCCUCGCACAUCUCCACCAUCGGUGUCGACUUCAAGAUGAAGACCAUAGAGGUAGAUGGCAUCAAAGUGCGCAUACAGAUUUGGGACACGGCGGGCCAGGAGCGCUAUCAGACCAUCACAAAGCAGUACUAUCGUCGGGCCCAGGGAAUAUUUUUAGUCUACGACAUCAGCAGCGAGCGCUCUUACCAGCACAUCAUGAAGUGGGUCAGUGAUGUGGAUGAGUAUGCACCCGAAGGUGUCCAGAAGAUCCUUAUAGGGAACAAGGCUGACGAAGAGCAGAAACGGCAGGUGGGGAGAGAGCAGGGUCAGCAGCUGGCGAAGGAGUACGGCAUGGACUUUUAUGAAACAAGUGCCUGCACCAACCAAAACAUCAAAGAGUCUUUCACGCGGCUAACGGAGCUGGUACUGCAGGCCCAUCGCAAGGAGCUGGAGGGGGUCCGGACACGGGCCAGCAAUGAGCUGGCGUUGGCGGAGCUCGAGGAGGAGGAGGGCAAACCUGAGGGCCCAGCGAACUCUUCUAAAACCUGCUGGUGCUGAGGGUCCUUCCUGUGAGGGAGAGCCUGUGGCGGAGCGAGCCGGGCCUCUGCCCUCUGUCCUUUCCUCACUGGAGACCCUGCUACUCUUUGCCUCGCCCCUGAGAGCAGCUCUGCUGGCCCCUGAGCAGCCUUUGCCCCGAUUCUGUCCUUCAGCCUGCUCUUCCCCCAUGUGUGCUGCGAGGCAAGUGUUCUGAGCUGCACAGACGGUGUCUGUGUCCAGGCCUGUCUUUUCUGGGUGCAUCUUCUCUUCUCCCCUCCUCAGUCUUUUUCUCUCUCUCUUUCGAUGCUGGUUUGUGUCCACGCCCCUUGCCCACAUCCUGAAUCCUGCUGGGUGACCAGCUCCUCCCUUCCCUCCUUCCUGCCUCAUCCAAGCCAGUUGACUAGUCUCUUGGGGCUCUCUAAGACUCUGCCCUGUUCACACCAGGGUGGGAGCUAAGGUGACAGGGUGCUUCUCCCCAUUCUGUCCUCCGUAUCAUGGCCGAUGAUCUGGGACCUGGAGGGAGAAAGGAAGGAAGGAACCUCUAGAGGGGGACCCUUAAAACCUGGGGCUAUCCCACAUCCCAGCUUUGGUCCUGCUUGGCUGCCUGCCCACUUGCUUUUGGGGGGACCCAUGCUUGGAGAGGAAAAAUAAAUAAUGGCAGGUGGCUGGGAUCAAGUCACCUCUGCCAUCUACCUCCCAA